AUGCUGCCCCGAAGACCGCCCCGCGUGAAGGAAGAACGAAACUAUACCCUUGAGUGUCACGCUUCUCUCUUCCUCGAACUUCUUUGUUUCCAACCAAAAUUAUAUCACGUUCCCCCGACCAGCAAUCUGGGUGAUAGGAAGAUGCAUCGAUUUUGCUUUCGUGUUCCCAACAUUUUCAUCAUACUCAUUUCAAGACCUAGCCCUACAAUGAGCUCCUCCACAUCAACAGUCAACCCGGACGAAGGGAAGACAAGGAAGAAGUCCACCGACCCCGCGCUAGCGAGCAAACCAAUCUGGUCUUUCUGUGCCAUGGUGCUAGAUCGACUAGUUCCACGUUGUUCCUUUGCUGAUUGUUUCUUUCACCCCGCUGUGGCACGAUGACGAGUAAAAAUCCAGUCCUCCUGAGCACCAGUCAGAACAUCCUCCUGAGCACCUGCAAUGGGUUGUGCGAAACUGGUACACAAGACUAAGUACUGCCGAAUGCGUGCGAUGAAGCUGUGGCGCGUGCAUAUUCUGCAAUACAGAUGAAUGUCUUUGCGCUUUUUCGGAAAAUUGUAUAUGUUACUCGCUCAAUCCUUGUGUUGUCAUGGGUGGCGAAGUGUCUAACUUACAUUUGCCUGAUUGUGAUCAUUGGAAAUAAACAUAAAGUAAAUGGAGUUGAUCUUGAUGAAGAUGAACAGGACUUUGGUUCUUUGCAAUGCGGAAAGAAAAC